AAGGACACCUAGGAAAGCUGUCCUCCACACGUCCUAAUGCUACGUGCCAUCGAGCGCAUGGAGGUCAGCGUGGGGGAGCCCGCACGAUAGCUUCCGUCCCAAAUUAUUCGGAGAAUGGAAACGAACAUUCCGUUUAAUCUCGGCCUCAGCUCCCAUUAGCGCACAUACUUGCUUCACCGCCCCUUCUAGUUGAUGGCGCCUGCGAACCCUAAUUCGGCUCGGCCGCCACCCAAGAAAACGGACGGAAAACCCUAAAAUAAGCUGAACAAUCUCAACCUUGAAGAUUCUGAGCUUGGGGGUCUGUAAUCGCUGGAAUCUAUAAAAUAUUGAUACCUUAUUCACGCGAAAAAUGGUGGAGGAAGGCAAGACGAGUAACGGGCUCUCGUCUGGGCUGGCCUCUAUAUUGUUGGAUGGUAAUCAAAAGGAAGUUCCGCAGAGGUCUCAUCUUGUCUCGUAUUUUGAUGAUCUUGGGAAUCAGUCUGUGGAACGGACUAUUGAAUACAUACUGGAUCUUCCUCACAAGUCCAUUCGUCCAACUUCUGGAUUAGUUGAUGUUGGUUUCAUUCGCACUCUACUCAGCAAGCGAUUACUGGGAUUGGGAGUAGGCAGGAACAUGGAUUUUAUUUACAGGGAUGGGAUUUUUAUUUUUGACUGUGGUUUUGGUUCUAAUACUGUUGCUAUAGAUAGGGCAAGUGUCUGUGGGGAAAUUAGAAAUAUCAGGAAGCCUUUACUUAUUGAAAGUUUAGCAGUAUUCAGCAGCGCUCGAGCCAAUGCAUGUGUGUGGAAGGGGAAGUGGAUGUAUGAAGUCACAUUGGAAACUUCCGGAGUUCAACAACUUGGAUGGGCCACUGUUUCCUGUCCCUUCACUGAUCGCAAAGGAGUUGGAGAUGCUGAAGAUUCAUAUGCUUUUGAUGGAAGGAGGGUUACCAAAUGGAACAAGUACUCAAAAGCAUAUGGUCAGUCAUGGGUUGUUGGCGAUGUGAUAGGGUGCUGCAUUGACUUGAACAAAGAUAUGAUUUCCUUCUACAGGAACGGAGCGCCUUUAGGGGUGGCUUUUGAUGGGAUCCGGAAAAUGGGGCCUACGAUUGGUUAUUACCCAGCUUUUUCUCUUUCGGAAGGUGAAAGUUGCGAGUUGAACUUCGGUUCCCGGCCGUUUAAGUACCCUGUUGAUGGCUUUCAUCCCAUUCAGGCUCCACCAAGUUCUGGAACUGCUUCACUUUAUUUGCUUCAAUGCUUAUCUAGGUUAUUGGAGGUGCAGCGUAUGGAUAAAUCUAAUUCAGCAUAUUUUGAGAAACUGAGAAGAUUGAAGAGGUUUGCUCCUCUUGAAGAGCUAUAUUUCCCGAUCUCCCAUGGCAUUUGCGAGGAACUCUUUGCUAUGAUUCACCUGAAUCACAGUUGCAGCGAAUAUAUUUCAUGGGCUGCACUUUUGCCUUUCAUGUUAGAAGUAUUUGGAUCUCAGGGGCCUCAUGAUUAUGCUUGCUUGGAUCAGAUUAUUGGACUAUUCUUUGAGUUUCAUGGACAUCUUUCAUUAUUUCAGCAUCUCAUCAUGGCUCUUUCCUUCAACUGCAAGACUGCCCAACUUGUUCUAGUGGAUUGUCCUUAUUCUGGAUCCUACCCUUACUUAGCUUUGGCUUGCCAUAUGCUCAAGCGUGAGGACAUGAUGAAUUUGUGGUGGCAGUCACCUGAUUUUGAAUCAUCAUUGGAAGGCUUUUUGUCAAUAAAGAGUCCAAACAAGCAGGAUCUUUAUUUAUUGAUACCAUCUGUAUGGUGGCCUGGGUCAUCAGAUGAUAUUGGUUCUGAAAGUAGUAUGAUUCUGACAGCAACAGCAUUGUCUGGAGCAGUUAGCAAGAUAGAGGAGAUGCACCGAGAACUUUGUUGCAUGAUUAUGCGAUUCAUACCUCCAACAACUAGUCAAUUACCCGGAUCUGUGUUUAGAACAUUUCUACAAAACUUGAUAUUGAAAGUCAGGGGAUCAGAAAAUAAGAUGUCUCCUUCUGAUGCUUCGAGUAAUUCUACGCUUGUUUCUUUGUACACGGUGAUCCUUUAUUUCUUAUCUGAAGGUUUUUCCAUGGAUGGCAUAUAUGACUUGAUGGGCUCCACUGCAAAUGCUGAAGUUGGGGGAGGUUUUUUGCAUAGGGGGGGAAAGAGAAAUUUCCCAGUGGGGUUGUUUCUAAAUGCUGAUACACAUCGAGGUUGGAUCUCUAGGGUUGGAGGCUCAACUAACCAUUUGUUAAAGUCCCAUCCCUUUGAUGAUGAGGAAAAAGUUAUUUGGUGGGAUGAAGGGUGUAUGGAUGACGAUGAUACAAGAAUAACACAUUCUACUAGGCAAAAGCCUUGUUGUUGUUCAUCAUCUGAAGUUGAUAUAUUUAGAGGAACAAAAGAUAAUGCUAAAUGUUUAGGUAGAAGUUCAAAGGGUCCCUGUACUUCUAUUUCAGAGGGGUCUGUUACUGCAGAAUGUGCUGCAGGCAGCUUGAAUGAUGCUAUUGUGGACAAACCUAGUUCAAGUGGCCGACCAGAGUCAGAUUUUGGGUACCAAACCUUACAGCAUAUUGGGAAUGAAUUGGUGGUCAAUGCUUCAUCUUUAGAUGUUCUACGAGAGGAGGAGUUGCUUGAUAUCAUGCUAUUUUUAUAUCAUUUGGGUGUUGCUCCUAAAUUUAGGCAGGCCUUCUACUACAUGUCUCAUCAGUCACAUUCAAUGGCUCUUUUAGAUGACACGGACAAACAAAUUAGAGAAAAAUCUUGCAUCGAACAUUUGAAGAGAUUAAAAGAAGCUCGAAAAAGUUAUCAUGAAGAGCUAAUUGAUUGUGUUAGACAAUGUACAUGGUAUCGGAUUUCUCUUUUUUCUCGGUGGAAGCAAAGGGGAAUGUAUGCGACAUGCAUGUGGGUAGUGGAAAUGCUUUUGGUUCUCAGCAAUACUGGAUCCAUCUUCCUUUAUAUUCCGGAAUUUUAUCUGGAAUCACUGGUUGACUGUUUUCAUGCACUGAGAAAGAGUGAUCCUCCAUAUGUUUCUUCUGCAAUUUUUAUCAAGCAAGGGCUUGCUUCUUUUGUUACUUUUGUUGUCAAACACUUCAAUGAUCCACGCAUAUUGAGUGCCGAUGUAAAAGAUCUUCUCCUCCAAUCCAUAUCGGUGUUAGUGCAGUGCAAUGACUUCAUGCUUGCCUUUGAGUCUAACAAAGAAGCCGUGACGAGCAUGCCAAGGGCGUUGCUUCUGGCUUUUGAUAGCAGAUCUUGGAUUCCUGUAACCAAUAUACUUCUUCGGUUGUGUAAGGGUUCUGGAUUUGGUUCCUCAAAGCAUGCAGAGUCAUCUUCAGUUCUUUUCCAGGUAUUACUCCGAGCAGUCGGCGUCAAUGAUGAAGGAUUAUUCUUUCAAUUUCUUAAUCGACUUUUCAACACUCUUAGCUGGACUAUGACUGAAUUUUCCGUUUCAAUUCGAGAGAUGCAAGAAAGCUAUCAGAUUGGAGACUUGCAGCAAAGAAAAUGCGCCGUUGUUUUUGAACUCUCAUGCAAUCUUGCAAGAGUGUUAGAGUUCUAUACUAGGGAGAUUCCUCAAGCAUUCAUUCAAGGACCUGACAUGAAUCUUAGAAGGCUAACGGAGUUGAUCAUUUUUAUCUUGAACUAUAUGACUUCAGUUGCUGAUACUGAGUUUUUUGACAACUCUCUUAGGCGACCUGGUCAAUAUAAUGAGAAGACAAAUCGGUCUAUGAUAAUGGCUCCGCUUGUUGGAAUUAUCCUCAACCUAAUGGAUCCAACUGCAGAGUCAAAUCAUGGAGAAACGAUUGAUAUUAUUGGAGUUUUUGCAAGCAUGGACUGCCCUCUAACAGUCCAUUGUGGAUUCCAGUACCUGCUUAGUUAUAAUUGG